GGGCGAGGGGCGACGCAAGCGCCGUGGCGUGCGCCGGGGCUGUUGCUGUGGGGACGGCUCCGUGGGCCGCCAGCCCGGCCCUGACCCCAGCAUGCCGUCCUGGGAGCCCGCCUCCCGAGCUCCCGGCCUCCAGCUCCACUUACAGGUAUUCGCGGAUCUGGGUCUCCUGCCAGGGAGUUCACCCCACAGUCGCGUCUGCGGGCUGUGACUGUCGCCUCCUCCUGCCGCGCCAGGCUCCGCCCGGCCUCCGAGUCAGGUUAAGUGCUUCUCAGUGCACGCAGUUGGGUGAAAACAACCCCCUCACGGCGGUUUGAGACGUCGGCCUGCAGGAGAAGAUGCGCUUUCUCUACUUCUGUUAGGCAGGAAGUCACUAUAUGACUAACACAUCUUCAUCAGAUUUCCUCUGAUUUACCCUGAAGUGUAUGUAAUAAUGACAUGCACUGCCAAGAAAUGUGGAAUUCGGUUCCAGCCUCCAGCUAUUAUCUUAAUCUAUGAGAAUGAAAUGAAGGGAAAAAGUCGCCAGCGCAUCAUGCCAGUCCGAAACUUUUCGAAGUUUUCAGACUGCAGCAGAGCCGCUGAACAAUUAAAGAAUAAUCCACGACACAAGAGUUACCUGGAACGAGUAUCCCUGAGGCAGCUAGAGAAGUUAUUCACUUUUUUACGAGGUUACUUGUGGGGCCAGAGUUUGGCAGAAACAAUGGAACAAAUUCAACGGGAAACAACCAUUGAUCCUGAGGAAGACCUGAACAAACUAGAUGACAAGGAACUUGCCAAAAGGAAGAGCAUCAUGGAUGAACUUUUUGAGAAAAAUCAGAAGAAGAAGGAUGAUCCAAAUUUUGUUUAUGACGUUGAAGUUGAGUUCCCACAGGAUGAACAACUGCAGUCCUGCGGCUGGGACACGGAGUCAGCUGACGAGUUCUGAUAUCAAGGACUCAGAAAUUCAUUGAGCUAGCAGAAAAUUCGUGUUUGUGCAAAGAAUGUAGAUUGGUUCUGGAAAAAUCUGUAAAGAACACUAAAUGUACGUGUUGGGUCGUAUUUGGAUUGACCGUGUUACUUUUCAAAACCAAGACAUGUAGAACAUCUACUAUGUAGGUGCAUGAGGAAUAUAGGAAAAACUGAAUAUAGGAAUCUGCCUUUAAGGAGCUUACAAUCUAACUGGGAGAUAAGCCAAAAACUUCUGAAAAGCUAAUUAACAGUAUUACGGGCAGCAAAAAGAUUAGAGCCAAAUGCUUGAUAAAGAUUUCAGAAGGUCAGAGCCUAGACUACUGUAGGGUGGAAUGGUCAGGGAAGACUGUCCCGUAGUGGUGAGAUAGGACUUUGCCUGGCCCUUGAAAUGGUAGUAUUUGCAUAGAAGCUUAUAGAGGAUUCCACAUGAGAGAAAUUGGGAGGAAAAAAGGGAGGGGGCAGGAUUUGGUAAAGAGAUAGGAAUCAGAACAUUUUAUUUGAGGAGCAAUAAGCAAAUUACAGUUUGAGAAGACUGGAGGACCUGGUUGGUUACCAGGGGCUUAUCCCUUCUGCCUUAUGUCUUUGUCUGUAUUUGACUGUGGAGUAGAAGUGUGCCCCUGCAGAAUGCCCUGCAGCUGCAAGUGUGUGGCAUUUGAUGGACAGCGGGGGAAGGCUGCCCCUCUGGUAUCAGGAAGUAUAUAGGAAAGACGUUCCGAAACCCCGAACCUCUUCCCAUAAAUAAGAGUUUUGUUUGUCAAAUGGGAAACCUACCCAUAAUAAAUGAAGACGAGAUACUGCCAGUUUAGGCCUAUUCAUGAGGUUGGAUCUACAAAGAGAAGAUCUUUGUUGAGUAAGGUUAUAUGUGUACAGAUACAUCUUUCUUCAUGUUAGAAUAUUAUUUAAUUGGUAGAAAUCCUACUUUUCUGCAAGGAAAUUAUUACUCAUUAAAUAAAACUAAAAAUUUUUCACACUGGGGGCCCGGCCUGGUAGCGCAGCAGUUAAGGGCUCACGUUCUGCUUCAGCGGCCUGGGGUUCGCGGGUUCAGAUCCCCGUUGUGGACAUGGCACCAUUUGGCAAGCCAUGCUGUGGUAGGCGUUCACUAUUACAACCAAAAACCACAGCAAAUAACCUUGUAUAUUCUCUGUUUGCACAUGUCCAAGACCACAAGUAAUGCCUAGAGGGAAAUCGCUGGGUAUGUGCAUUCUAAAUUUUAGUAGUUACUGCUAAGUUGUCCUCCAAAGAGUUUGAUUCAUUCAUUCAUUCAUUCAUUCAGUAUAUGUACUUAAUCAGCAACUACUACAUGCUCAGCCUGUGUGUGUGCACAGCAAAGUCCUUGCCUUUACAAGGUUUACAGUCUAGUUGGAGUGGAGAGACAAACAUAGAUGCGUAAGAUAAUGUCAUGAUAAGUGUCCGGAAUUAAAAACAGGGUAAAAAGAGAAUGAUGGAGGGGAUGGGAGUCACUGUUUUCAACAGGGUGUUCAGAGAAGGCCUCACUGAAGAUGUGACACUGGAGCAAAAGCCUGAAGGAGGAAAGCAAAACUUGAUGUGCAUUUCAGGGGUAGUGGAGAAAGGUGAGUGCAUAGGCCCCCAGGAGUGUGGAGUGUGCUUGGCAUAUUUGAGGAAAAGCUAGAAGGUCAAUGUGGCUAAUAGAGAUUGAGCAAGAGGAAAAUGGUGGGAGAUGAAGUUGGAGUGUAUUUUACUUGCAAAGUACUUACCAUGAAGGUUGUACCCACUUAAACCAUCAGCAGUACAUGAGAGUGCCUGUUUCCCCACAUACUCAUCAACAGAGGGUGUUAGCAAACUUGUUGAUUUUUGCCAAUUUUAUAAUUUAAAAAUGCUGUGUUACAGUUUAAAUUUGCAUUUCUUUUAUUAUGAGUGAGACUGAGUAUCUUUGUACAUUUAAGAGCGAUUUUUUAAUGAAAUAACUGUUACGUCCUUUUUCUGUUGGGUUACUGGUCUUUUUACUGAUUUGUAGAAAGUUUUUUAUUAAGGAAAAUAGUGUUUGGUCUAUAUAUGAGUUGCAGAUGUUUCCACCUUGUCAUUUGUUUAUUUACUUUGUUGAUGAUAUUUUUUCCAGGCAGUUUUUUUCAAGUCAAAUUGAUCAAUCUUUUUCCCUCCGCCUCUGCAUUUGGUAUCAGAGAGAGAGAGGCAUUCCUCACUCCAAGAUUUUUUUUUAAUCCCAUGAUUUUUUCUGGGAAUUUAUUUUGGUAUGAGAUGUGAGAUAUAAAUCCAACGUUACUCUUUUCCAGAUGCCCAUCCAACUGUCCCAAAACCACUAUCUGUUGAAUUACCUAUCUUUUCCCCCAUUGAUUUGAAAUGCAUAUACCAAGUUCCGACAUGUAUCAAAUAGUUACCUUUUGAUUAUGUUAAUAUCAUCUGCAGCACACUUCCCAAUCCAUGUGUUUUUGAGGUGUACCGAGCACAUCUCGUGUGUUCACUAAAUUAAGAGCUAUAGAAAGAUACAAAAUGGGCCAUAAAUUUAUGUUAACAGAGUUUAGCCAAAGCAACAAAAUUAGCAUAUAUGAGAUGGAUAUAUGUAAUUGGAGCAGAAGGGGAGAUCACGGAAGCUGAGCAGUUGUGGGUUUUUUCCCCCAUGUAUCUUGUCCAAAGCUAAUUCUGCUGAUCUCUUUUAAGUUUUUUUCCAUUAUAAAAUUAAUACAUAUUUAAUAUUCAUAAUUUUUAAAAUUUAGACAAAUACCAGAGUGUAAAAGUGAAAUGGGAAAUUCUCCCCUUCUUCUCUCUAUUCCCAGUCCACAGAGAAAUUGGCUUCCCUAGAGGACUCUGGAUCCCAUCUUGGGACCUCGCUUUAUCAACGAUUCAUCUCUUUCUAUGCCCCUGUCUUUCUCAUUUUCAAGCUUCAUUCUUUGCUGCCUCAUUCUCUGUAGUCUAUAAACAUAUGUAAGACCCUGCCAUAUUAAAACAAGAAAACACUUGA